CACAAGUCGCAUCCUAUCGUUCUUUUCUCUUGUCCCUCGGCCAGAUCGAGUAUAUUAUCAUUUUGAAGAUAGUAGCCACCACUAUCCCUUCUUGUAUCCCCGUUCACUUCAUCUUUUUAUAUAUCACCUCGAUUUUUGUUUUCACAAUGAGACUAUCUGCCGCCGUUCUCAGCGCGCUCGCCGCCACUGCCAUCGCCGCCCCGGCCCCGGCGUCGAAUGUUCACAAGGUGUCCAAUCUUGCCCGCGAGGCGCGCCUGAACCGUCAUGCGCGUCUUAUGCACAAGGGCCACAGCAAAGGCUUCAGCUCUGGUGGGGGCCAGGGUGGUUUCGGCGGUUACGGAGGUUUCGGUGGUGGUUACGGGGGCGGCCAGGCCUCUGCAACGGCCAAGGCGGCCCCUCCGCCCCCUCCGCCACCG